GAAAAGUUGCGUGUCACAGUCUCAGGCCUCAGGUUUUUGUCACUUGGGAGCCAUGCCGAUGCUCAUAGAAGAAUUGGACGAGGAGCCCGGGGGCACUGCCUACACUUUUCACCACCUGGCAGAUGCGAAGUUCUUCUCCUUCCAGUCCGCAGAGAUCCAGCCCUACUUUGAGAAGUGGGGCUUUGGCCCGGACAUGGCCAUGUGCACCUUCAGAGUGGAGCAGAAGGUGAAUCGCGAGACGUUUCAGGACAUGUUGGAUGCUUUCUUCAAAGACAGGGAAGUGCUACACGUGCUCCAGUCGAUGACUAGCGCCCGGGUGUUUAGCCCGUCGAAGGUGUCGGUCAGAUGGCAGGAGAUGAGCACCAAGGUUGUCAGCAUGUCCUUCUUCAACAAGUUGGAAGAAGCUGGAUGCAUCAGCAGCUCAGGCCACAUCCGGGGCCGACUGGAGGAAGAUUGGGAGGAUGUCCCAAUCGUGAACCUGAUUCGGGAGGCGAUCCUGAUGGAGGAGAGCGAGCUUUACGACACCUUCUCCCCGGAAGACCGGCGCGAGUUUCUUUUACGCAUCUUCCAGCACCUGAUCUUCGGAGGUGCUUCGAACCAGUACGAGGAUCACAUUGAGGACUAUUUCAAGGCCACCAAGGCGGUCUACAAGGACCUGCUGUCCGUCCGGCGCAGCGACACUGGAGACGUGGAGGUGCUCUCCACAGUGGCCUCUGUGCAGUCUCUGGGGGAGGGAGGCGCCUUGUACCAGAAGGACAGCUUGCUGAACUUUUGCUACGUCAUCCACGACCCAGUUGUAAGGCACGUCAAGGUGUGGUACUUUGGCUUCCGGCCGCUGUGGUGACGGCCAGCUUGGCAUUUGGGCAUCGGUAAGAAGGAGAAGGGGGUUGUUUGCUUGGUCCCUUCAUCUGCCAAUUUCUGCCAUGCCUGGUGCUUCAAAGAUCUUCAGCAUCAGU